AAGGGUGGGGUUCCGUCUAUAAAGGGUGAAGCCUGCUGGCCUGGCAGGCAGGAGAGCUCAGGUCCACUCCAGCAGGCGCCAGCUCCAGGGACCCCAUAGGCUUUGGUGAGUCCUCCCCGAGAUCGGCAGUAGGUCCCUGCAGCACUUGUCCCCAUCCCAUGCCACCUGCCUCCCUUGCAGGGGGGCCUGGCUUGAGAUGGGGGUGCUCCCAGUGCCUGCCGCUGUUCAUGUUGGGUCCUCAUCAUCCACCCACCUGCUCUCUCCAGUUAAUCCUCAAGGUAGGUGCCAGAGGGGGAGGACCAGCCUGCACUAUGAAUCCAUGGCUCCUGGUCUGCCUGGUGGCCUGCUUCACGGUUGCCUGGGCUCCCACUGUCCACGCUCAAGGUGCCUUUGAGGACUGCUGCUUGGCCUACCACCACCGAGUCAGGCUGUCCUGGCUGCGAAAGGCCCAUAGUUACUAUCGCCAGGACGUGAGCGGGAGCUGCAACCUGCCUGCUGUGAUAUUCUUCUUACCCCAGAGAAACAAGAUGGUGUGUGGGAGGCCAGGGGCCAUGUGGGUUCAGGCUGGGAUGAAGAUUUUGGAUGCCCGGAAAAAGAGCCAGUUAAACCACCACCCCAGCACCUGGAGAAACUUCCAAGGCCCUCACUCUGGGGUGAGGAAAUUGAGCUCUGGAACCUCAACACUUCCAUUGUCGAGGUUUAGCGGCCCCACCAGAAACAGCAAGAGGAAAACUUCCCUCCUGUCAACUGCUAAUCCAGCAGGACCAUGAGCCCACACUACUCCAGGAUCUACCCACACAAGAUGGGCUGGACCUCUCUCUGCCACAGUCAUCACUCUGCGGCCUUGACUGCCCCAGCCACUCUGUCCUUCAGGGCAAAUCUCAACCCCUGUACCUGAGGCUGCGCUGGGUCCCUCCCUGUCACCCCUGCCACCUCCUGUUCCUCCAGCGACGGGAACCAGGGAGCCCUGUUACUUCAAGCUCCACGCCUGCUCCAGACACCAGAGUCACGCCUGCCUGGGUAACCAUUCUUGGAAAGAACCAUCGCAAUCGUUGCCUGCCUGCAGACACACCUACCCGCAUCCCUCUGGGUCCUUGCAGAGCUUCAGUUCUCUCCCAGGACGUGCUUCUAAAACUUUUAAAUAAACUGUUGGGACACCA